ACCUCAACAACUAAACUGAGGACACAAAACGAAAAUUACCUAAUGUUGCAGGUGUGUACAGUAAUCAUCUGCAUUGGUUCCUCGCUUUUAUAUAAUUUUGCCCAUACAAACUGAGUAAACCCGGUAACCAGCCAGGUAGCGUUAUUUCUGUCAUAGGAAUGUAGACAAAUAUUGGCUUGUUAUAACCAGAUGACAGUCUACUCCAAUUUACAAAAUGGCGUCGUAAGAGAAGUUCAAAUAUUACAGCAAUCUAACGUACAACCUAUAUGUCAGACACGGGGGGCGGAAGUUCAGUUGGCCUUAUUGCCGGCGCCGGCAUUGGUGGCGUUGCAAUUGUGGUCGGCAUAAUCGCACUAGUCGUCUAUUGCUACAUGAAGGCGCGCAAAGAACAGGCCAAUACAAACAUGACGAAAUCUAUGGAUGUUUUUAGCACAGGUGCUUCGAACACCCAAUUUGAUUUGCCACAGCGGUCCCGGGUCAAUCAAUUUCCCGAUCCCGCUGCAGCGCGAAAAUCUCGACAAAAAGGGCGAGAGCAGGGUCGUGACCAAGGUCAUGUGAACACUGCGUACUCCAGGCAUUCUUCAGACACGUCGUCCAAUAGCAGUGACGUAGAAGGUCGUGACCUCUCUCCUCCGCGCGUACGCAAACCUCGUGGAGAUUCCUACGCAAGUGAUACAUCCAAUGACGAAUCUUCCAGCCUUGAAGAGGAAAUUCCAGGCGGAGAAGUGACUUUUCGAAUGGAAAAGGAAACAGAUAAACGGGCCCGAGGGUCUUAUAAAAAGGCGCGGCAAAAUAAUAUUUUAGAUCUGUCUGACACAGCUGAUGGCAGAAGAAACAAACGAAGGGAGCCGGAAUCUCAACAUACCUCAAGACGCGAUACGGUGGCACGAAAUCCUCGCAGUGAUUCUCCAUUGACUAUUGGAACUCUGAAAAAGCAUGAAGAAAUCACGGGUGGGGGAACGGACUCGCAUGACAACAGGAAAACAAAUGUUAACAACAGAGUGAAAAAACGCGACACUUCUCCUUCUACAAGAACUUAUGAGAGUUCUGAAACAGGUGUCACACAGGCGUCUUCACAGACGGCGGGAACAGAAUUUACUGCCACCACUGUGUCAUCUGGAACCCGAUUUCAGAAGAAUCCGAGUUUGCGGAGAAAUUCGCCAGCGCGUUCCAGUUCUCAACGGAGGUAUCGGAAAGAUCAUGAGACAGAUGAAAAAGGACGUAGAAAACCACGGCGCACACGCAGUGCUGAGCGAGAGAGAAGUGAGCGCCAGAGUCAAAGGUCAAGGUCACCUGGAAGUGGAAGUGAGAGAAGUGAGCGAAGUGGGAGCAGUUCUAGAAGCGGAAGCACUCGAAGUUCACGUCGGUCACGUUCAGAGCAGCAAAGGCAGCUUAAGGAGCAAGCAAUAUUGCCCAUUUUCCAAGAUGCUAAGAAAAAGAAAGGUUCUUUUGUGUGAUGACAUAUGUCAUUUAUCCCUUUAUAUAUUUUAACAUCAAUUAUCUUACCUUAAUGCCAUAAUUAAAAUCUUCAUAUUAGUUUGAUCUAAUGACCAUUGUUUCUGUUGACAUAUGUUUAAGUUUUAAUUUUUAGUUCAUUUAUAUGAGAUUUGCUUUUUUUCUCAUUAUCUUUUCAAGGUUUAUUUUUGGUCUUUAUGUAAAAUAUUACAAAAUAGCAUAAAAUGACCCUAUGCUAAAAAUGAAAAUUUAAAAGAAUUUGGGUAUUGAGAAAAUUGGCGUCGUACUUAUUUAAUAUAUAUUUUUUUAUUCUUCACUUUUUAUAUAUUUUUAAUCUUGCUGAACAAUUUGUUUUUCUUCUAUCUGUUUUACCUCUGCCUCUUAUAAAAGGAUGAAUGAAAACAUUUUUUUAUAUGUUAACUUAUUAUACCAGUAUACUUGGAAAGAAAAACACUAAAAUAAGCUGGGUAAUUCAACAUGUAGAAAGUUGAAUGUUGUGAUCUAACUGAAAUCUGAAACUCUUUCAACAGGACUGAUAAUCUGCAUUUGCUAUACAUAUUACCAAUGAUUGAUGAAACUGAUUAUAUGGUAAUCUAAGCUAUUACAAAUAUCCUGUGGAAGUCAAAGGAGACCACAUCAUUAAAUAAUAUUUAAAGAACUUAAUAAUAUAUGUUACUGGUUACAUUACACUAAAUCAUUUUGUAUCCCUCCGUGGUCCAUUCGAAAGUAGUGCCUAUUUCUAAAGAGUUCCUUUUCUCUUUGGUAUUAAAAGCGAUUUAGCGAUCUCACGAUUUAGCGAUUUUUGUGAUUGUUUCCUGCAUCCUGUGUGUGUCUUCAACAUUUUGUGCGCAUUUCAUUGGGGAUUACGUUGAAAGAUGACUGUUUAGGGUACGUUUAUUGAAGUACGGGGCUUUUGUCGAAAUUUCACUUUCAAAACUCUGUUAUAUGAGGGUGCUUGCCUUUGGGCGAAUUUUACUUUCUUAGAAGUUGCGAGACCAUAAAUUUUUGACCGCAUUUAAUGAAAGAGGACAGAUUUAUCUUUAAAAUGAUACCGGUCUUGCAAAAUUUGAUAUAUAGAAGAUACAAGAAAAAUGCUUUGAAAGUUGGCAGUUUUAUAAUGGGACCCUAUGGGAAAUGGAAUUAGUGUAAUAUAACCUACUGCACUUUUUUUUCGGACUUUUUAAGGACAAAACCCUGAAACAAAUAGGUGUUUGAAAAGUCGUUUAUGUCCACUUACCAAACCAAUCAUAAUUUGUGUGCUGUCCCUUUACCGUUCUUAUUUGGGUAUUUCAGCUUGAGUGAUCCAUGUUUGCCUCACUUAUAUUUGCUGAAUUAACUGGUAAAAAAUGUUCCUUAGGGAAAAUCAGAAAGAUUCCUGUAAUUUAAACAAUACGUUACAAGAGGGAAUUGUUACACAUGUUUGAUUAAAAGUUAUGCCAAAAUUGCUAUCCUAUUUGUGGGGAGAUGUCAGUGGAAACAUACACAAUUUGAUGUAUUCCAAGGGUUAAAGCCAAUCUGUUAAAUAAUUUUUAUAAUUAUAGACAAGUGAAAAUUACUAAAAGAACACAUAAUAAGUCACAUGAAAAUGAAAUUAUCCUAACAUAAAUUGUCAUUGUAUUAUUGUGCAAAACAACUGUUCCAAAUAUUUAAUUUAUUUAAUAAUUGUCUUAAGUAGUUAUUAGCACUAAAAGAAUGCAGUCAAUUAGUUUAUGAUAUCAUGUAUAUCAUAUUGCUAUAGCUACAUCUAUAGUAUGUAUAUAGACAUCAUGCCAUUUUUGUACUGCAAAAAUCUAUUUUUAUAACAAAAGUGUGCUAUUUAUAAAUUAUUAUGAACAUGUAUACACAUACAAAUAUAAUGUUUAUAAGCAUUUAAUAUUUUUAAUUACACUUUUUUUUCACUUAUAAUUUCAUCAUGUGAAUUGUUUCAUAGAGCUUUUAGACUGUGCAGGUUUGAUGUAAAUUCAACAUUAUCAUCUUUAAAUAGACAUGCAUGCUUAGAAUUUUACAAGAAAUUGUAUUCCAUUUAUAAUUGUUUUCACAUUUUGUACUCGCCAUCACAAAAUAGGUUAAACUCAACCUGUUAGAUAUUUUACUCUUUUUUUUAAAUUGAAACAUAAAAUAUUUUAAUUAAAAGACCUAAAUACAUAAGGCCUAAAAUAGUUUUUUCCUAAAUCUAAGAAAUAAAUUAUGUGUAAAACUGUCUGAAAAGAACCAUAAAUACAGUACUGCCAGUUGAGAUGAAAAUGCUACAUACAAAACUUAAUUUCGAACAAAUUACUGUAUGGAGCUACAUGAACUUAACUCAGUCAAUAUAAAGGCUAAAGUUUAAAAUGUGUCUUGUUAAUGUCUCGGCUGCAUUUUUUUAAAUUUCAAUAUACAAAUUCAAUGAUUCAUGAUUUAAAAGAUUUAUGUCAACCCCAUUUACUUACAGUAGAAAUUCUUAUACACAGAAAAGCAACAUUUCUGUUAGACAAUUAUAAAGUACUAAACUUUCUAUUUGUUGCAUUUAUGUUUUAACUUUGGCUGAGUGCAUAUGAGCAGUGUUAACUUUGGCUGAGUGCAUAUGAACAGUUUUAACUCUGGCUGAGUGCAUAUGAGCAGUGUUAACUUUGGCUGAGUGCAUAUGAGCAGUGUUAACUUUGGCUGAGUGCAUAUGAGCAGUGUUAACUUUGGCUGAGUGCAUAUGAGCAGUGUUAACUUAGGCUGAGUGCAUAUGAGCAGUUUUAACUUAGGCUGAGUGCAUAUGAGCAGUUUUAACUUUGGCUGAGUGCAUAUGAGCAGUGUUAACUUUGGCUGAGUGCAUAUGAGCAGUGUUAACUUAGGCUGAGUGCAUAUGAACAGUUUUAACUUUGGCUGAGUGCAUAUGAGCAGUUUUAACUUUGGCUGAGUGCAUAUGAGCAGUUUUAACUUAGGCUGAGUGCAUAUGAGCAGUUUUAACUUUGGCUAAGUGCAUAUGAACAGUGUUAACUUAGGCUGAGUGCAUAUGAGCAGUUUUAACUUUGGCUGAGUGCAUAUGAGCAGUUUUAACUUUGGCUGAGUGCAUAUGAACAGUUUUAACUUUGGCUGAGUGCAUAUGAGCAGUGUUAACUUUGGCUGAGUGCAUAUGAGCAGUGUUAACUUAGGCUGAGUGCAUAUGAACAGUUUUAACUUUGGCUGAGUACGUAUGAACAGUUUUAUUUUUGGCUGAGUGCAUUUGAACAGCAUUCUGGGAUAACUGGAUUUAAAGAAUUGCAUAAAUUUAGGUCCCAGAUGAACCUGUGCAGUCUGCACCGUCUAAUCAGGGACGACACUUUCCACUUGGAUGGAAUUUUUGUUUGAAGUAAGUCUCCUCUUAACAAAAAACAAGUCUAAGUUGAAAGUGUGCUUGGUCAUCCUGUGGAGACUGUACCGGCUGAUUUAAGACGAUACUUUACAAACGUGCAUUUAGACCCAUAUUUUGAGAACCAGACUCACAUCUGACAAAGGCUCGGCUUUAAACACUGUGUCCGAUGGAGUGAAACACUGUGUCUGUUGAAGUUAAACACUGUGUCUGGUGAAGUUUAACAUUCUUUAUUCUGUCAAACACUGUGUCUGAUGAAGUUGAACAUUCCUUAUUCUGUAAAACACUGUCUGAUGAAGUCUAACACUGUGUCUAAUGAAGUUUAACACUGUGUCUGAUGAAGUUAAACCCUGUGUCUGGUGAAGUUAAACCCUGUGUCUGGUGAAGUUUAACACUGUGUCUGGUGAAGUUUAACACUGUGUCUGGUGAAGUUUAACAUUCUUUAUUCUGUCAAACACUGUGUCUGAUGAAGUUUAACAUUCUUUAAUCUGUCUUACCAAAGAUUGUAAGGUAAAGUCACGGAAUUUUUUAAUUAAAUACUAGAGAAGACAUUAAUGCUCAAUAUGUUUCUUAUAUAAUUGAUGUGUGAAAGUUGAAGAUUGAUAUUCGACAAAAAGUUUCAACUACUUCCCAUCUUUUGUUAUAGCAUUAAUUUCAAUGAAUCCAUAUAGCAAAAAACACCAAGCGCUUGUUUCCAAAUCAUAAACAAAACUCAUGUUCCUUUUUGUAUAAAGUUUUAUAACGGCUGAACACGUGAUUUCAACAAGGGAUAAUUGCAUAAAUUGGAAAUAACUGAUUAUGAAUGCAAUAUCUGGAAGUGUCAGUUAUGUGAACAAGGAAACAAAUAAAAUAACUUCUAUAAAAUAAUCAUAGAUAUUGGUGCAUUGAGCAGUUACGUCUGUUUGUAAUUGUAAAUAUCGUUUGAUGUGCAAUUACACUGGCUCCAGGUGAACUUUGCCUACAACAUUGUAUUAAUACUGUAAAUGAUAAAACAGCAUUUUCUUUGUUUGAUGUUUUAUUAUAAAUACAUACAAGUGUUUAAAUUUUUAAAAAUGUUUUUAAUUUUAUAAAAUGGUGUUUGUAAUUUAAAAAAAUGGUGUUUUAAAAUUUACAUAAAGGUGUUUUAAACAUUUGUUCCCUCUUGAUUGAAUGGAGGGAAUUUUAUAUUUCUGUUGUAAAUAAAUAUACAUGUAUUUGUUAUAUGUAUCUGUCCACAUGUUAAGAAUUGAUAUUAAAUACUAAACUAUGCAAUAAACAUGAUCUGUGU